GGAGCAAUUUCGAAAUUAGGGGAUAAGGUAUUAAGUCCAAUAGUAUCGUUUCUUCAAGCUUUUGUCUGAAACAGAGAAGAAAUCUCUGCUUCUGCUUCUGCUUCAGCUUUAAUGGCGUCCAUUUGCCAUUCAAUUUCGCUUCCUUCUACAAUCACUACGCUCCGACCUAUCCACCCCUUUCUUCCCCAUUCAACUUCUACCCUUUCACUUCGGAGCUGCAAAAUUCAAGCCACCACCUCAAAGUCAUCGACCGCCGUUGGAGAUGCUCGGGAACCUAACGACGACUCAAUGAGCAUCGAUAAUCUUCAUCGCUUCUUCGAGCUCAACUCCGGAAAGUGGAACGGUUCUUUCUUUCAAUUUGACGUUCGAGGGAAUUUGCUGCAUGAAAUAAGUACGAAGCUAGCUGCGAGCUCUUAUGGAGAAGACGAACUUAUCAGUCUCAUUCAAACACUAUAUAUAAAACAGAAAUCAAGUGUUUCGCUUCCUUGUAACGACGACGAGCCGGAGUGGGCAGAGUAUAAAAUUAAAGAAACCAACAUGUUCACUGUGGACAAAUAUCAGCAGAUUGGCUUUUUCCCCAACGAGAAAGCAUUUUCUCUAAGGUACCAGACUGCUGGAAUGUUGGAUACUGUGCUGAGGGAAGGGGUGCUGGGUGAGGAUGAUACUGGUGAAGAAUUUCCCAAAAACCUCAAGCUUCCUUCUCGCCGACCUUCAAUUGUAUGCGAGAAUUGCCUAUAUAUUCCAGACAGAGAUCUGAGGGCAAGAGCUUUUCAUAUAAUGGACCCACAAGGAAUUAUAGAAAUGCUGCUUAUUUUUCUCGAGGAAAGGGCUGAUGGGAAACUUUUUCGUCGUCCUCUCAAUUCAAAUUGCGUGUCUGAUGAGGAAAACCGGCUUCUCCCUUUUCUUGGUGACUGGAAAGGUCAUUCUAGAACAAAAAGAAGUGGUGUUUAUGGGGCUACGAUUGCUGAGGCUGAUUCUUUUUCAUCCCUUCAAAUGGACGACAAUGGUCAGAUUAUCCAGGAUAUCACAACAACAUCAAUGAAUGGAGAUGUCACCACAAACGUGCAUUGGACUGGUACUAAAUUGGACAACUUGGUAACGUUUGACGGCGGGUAUCAGAUUACAUUGUUGCCUGGUGGAAUGUAUAUGGGAUGUCCGUGUGAUGUAGCCAAAAGUGUAGCAGAUAGUAAGUCAUUCCACCUCGAGUUCUGCUGGCUUGAAGCCCCAGGCAAAAGACAGAGGCUGGUCCGAACUUACGACAUGGAAGGUUUGGCUGUCUCAUCAACCUAUUUUUCUGAAAUCAAACUGUGAGUGAUCCUUCCAUCUAUCUAUUGCACCUCCAUUAGAAAGAAACAAUCCUAAAAUUAUCCCAGAUGUAUAGCAGUUCAUGUUUGCUUAUAUAUAAACUUAGAUUAUAUGAGGUAGAAGCCAGAUUUUUGUUAUCAAAAUUGUGAUGCAUGAACAAUUUGUUAUGUAUUGAAGAAUACCCAUAGAAAGAUUAAUAAUACCAUCAUCUCUUAA